AUGCGCACCGGAGGACCGAUACGCUCCGCGGUAUCCCCUGCGCAUGCGCAGCGCCGGCGCGGGCGCACCCUGCCGGCUCGCCUUAAAGGAGCCGCUCUGCGUCCGGGGCGCAGCUGGCGGUGCCGCCGCAGAGGAAAUCCGUGGGAACUGCCGUGCCUGCACCACGACGACUGCUGCCGAACGUGGCCCCAGUACCCAGCAGAUGCCUUAGCCUCCAAGGGAAGGAAUAACACUAAUAGGGAAAGAAAGAAGAACCAGAUCAACACACUGCACGUCUUCCGGGCCCUAGCUGAACCCAAGUGGUUUUGCCACAAUUCCCAGCGUUUUGGGGCCCGAGAUCCAAAGCCUGCAGCGGUGGCCCGUGCCUGCCCCAGGACUGCUGCAGCCUCUCUGUACACCCCACAGUGCCUGUGGCAACCCGAGUGGGGGCUUCAGGGCGGCCAGUGCAGCACUCCCGCGGCAGGUAAGGCCUGGGCUGGGCUCCGAGAACCCCCAUCUUCUGGGGAACGUCAGCUCUUCGCAAGUCGGGGAGCAGGGCAGGGGGGCUGGCGGCAUGGCGCGCCCCGGCAAGGGCUAGCGGCUGAGAGCGGCGCCGGGCUCGGUCCUCGGCUGCCGGGACAUCACCUUGUCCCCCAGCGGGCAGAGUGGACCACAGGGCCUCCGCUGCUCCACUUCUUUCUGAAGACAGCUCCCAGCCGUGAGUGUCUCCAGGGGAGUGAUUGUUCCCGCAAACCCGUGGUGAUGUGCCAGGCAUCCCCGCGGGGCACUUCUACCCGAUCACGCGUGGAGGUGCUAAAGGUCCCUCUCCCUUUUGUCUGCCCUCCUUCAGAACAACGCCUGCGGUUCUCCCUGCCCGUCUCCGGCAGCCACUCGGCCCGGCGGGGGAUGGAGCCCGGCAGGUCCGAGCUGAGCCGCUGCAAGCCCUCGCCGCGGGCCAGGAUCCCGCCGUCCUUCUUCGCCCACUCGGAGCAGGCGCCCGAGCCGGCAGAACUCCCUGGGCUGGACCCUGCGGAGGCGGACGUGGAGUCUCUGGUGCCCACGCACGACGAGCGGGGCCGCCUAAUCCCCGAGUGGAAGCGGCAGGUGAUGGUGCGGCGGCUGAAGGCUCGACUGACGGACGAAGAGGCGGCGAGCAGCCAGGACGUGGGCUCUUGGCGCUUCUCGCCUGCUCUUCAGGCCGUACUAGGCCCCUUCGGGGAGCUGCUGACAGAGGCGGACCUGCAGCAGCUGGAGGGGGCGGUGGAGAGCCUGCGGCUGCGGCGACGAGGCGAGGCUUACCUAAGCGAGCUGCGGCGGCUGGCGCGGGAGCUGCGCGCCCUGCUGCCCGCCCCGCUGCUCAGCGUCACCGUGCGCAGCCCCCUGCCCGGCCCGGGGCAGCCGCUGCCCCUCUGGUGCGGCCGCCUGGCCGGCGCUGUCAACAGCCUGACCGCGCUGCUGGCUCACGCCGAGGGGCCGCCGGCCGCACCCCCCGUCGCUGUCGCCGCCGCCGGCGGGCAGCCCCGGGAGCCGGCGGGCAGCCUCGCGCAGCGGGAGAUCCGUCAGUGCGGAGUCUGCGUUCGCAGCCUGCGUGGCGUCUUCGAGCCCGCGUGGGGGGCGGCGCAGGAGAAGGCGGCCGCGGCGGGCGGCACGGAAGCCGCCAGCGACUCGGGCAUCGGCUGCGAGGAGGCGUUUUCGGACGGCGGCGGCUCGCCGGCGCCGGGACCGAAGUGGGGCAGCCUGAGGAAGGAGAGGAUCGUGAUGCUCUUCCUGAACCACUGGAAGCGGUCCGCCUACGGCCCCUCCGCGCUGGCUUCUGGGGCACCCCGCGCGGCAGCAGGGACCGGGACGGGGGCGGCGGCGCGCCUGGCGCGGCAGCGAGCGGCCAUUCAGCGCCUGCUCUGCGGCUGGCGGGACACGGCCUCCCGCCGCCCCCCGCCGCCGCUGCCCCCCGCGGCCGCCACUGGCCGCGCCCUGCUGUCCCCGGAGCAGUUCGUGGCGGGGCCCGGGGGUGGGCCAGCCGACUACGAGAGCCUGUCCCUGGAGCUUUUCAUGCUGGGCUAUUUCCGCAUCUUGGAGCAGGAGCUGCCCCCCGAGGAGCGCCGCGGCCGCCACCUGCUCUGCUUCGAGGUGUUCGAGCAGCUAGGCCGCCACGGUUGGCGGGCGGUGCGCGCCUUCCACCGCACUGUCACCGACGAGAUCGCCGCUGGCCGGCGGGGCUGGCGGGACGGCUUCGACGACAUCAAAGCCAGGUAUUUCGGAUCCUCUCGAAGCUGGGCCCGGCGGCCUGGGGAGGCCAAGGGAGAGGAGGAGGAGGAGGAGAUCUGCCGCUACAUCGACCGCAGCUUCGCCUUCUGGAAGGAGAAGGAGGCCGAGAUCUUCAGCCUGGAGGAGUGAUGCUCGCUGGCGAGAAGAGCGCAGGGCUCCGUGGAGCCGCGGGCUGCAAUAAACGCCUUUUCGGUGCUGUCCGAACUGA